GAAAAUAUCAUCACAGCCGUUUUCUAUUUUGAAGGAAUUGAAGUGGAUCGGAGAUGACAUCCGGCAGUGGAGAUGCUCUUACCGGGACUUUUUUUUACCAUAGAAAGUUUAUAUAAAACUGCUACGGAGUACUACCAUACCAUCGGUGGAGUACUUGCUCCCCAUCGCUGAAACACUGUUGCGCUACCGCCGAGGAUUCUCUCUCUCCCGACUCGACAUCUGUGACACCGUCAAUCGAGCAUUCUCUCUCUCUCUCUCUCUCCUAAUUUUCCGAGCUCUAGUCGACUACAAUGGCGACUGGACAUCUGAAAGCAGCAGUUACAGAUGCCUGACCAUGCCGAUGCUCUUCAAAGUUUCAUCGAGUCUACAAAGAAAUGUUGCUCCUUUAUGAGUGGAUUGCUGUGCAGCUUACUUUCUCGACAUUGCACAAAUCUAGUUGGCUCAAAAUUUGGUGGUUCUAAUAAAUUUCUUCGUGAAAGGGAUCCUCAUUCAACUGUUAUGGACGCUGGAGAGGCUAUAGAGAUUACGUCGUCUGGUAGUGAUUCAUCAUCUUGGGAUUUAGAGGAAUACAGAGAAAUACUAGAUGCGCCAUCACCUCUGAAGGACUCUGCUUCUUCUGCCAAUCACAGGGUCCUUCCACAAUGGGAUUCUGCAGUUGGUACAACUUCAAGGGGUCAUGUAGGACCUUCUCAACAGGUUUCCUCUCGUAAGCGAUCAUCUGCUACUAAUGGAAGUUCUUCAAAUGUUGACCGUUGUGCAGAGUCUAAGCUCCAGAUGCAUCCUAGUUCUAGUAAAUAUGUUGGAGCCUCGAAUCGGCAUGUAACGAGUGCCGAGAAUUCCAAGUACUAUAAGGAGAAUGUUUACGAAAAGCUUCCAUCUCAACAAGUUCUGAAGAGGACUCUUCCUACAUCCCUGCAGCCAUUUCCACCUGGUUCCAGAUCCAGCAAUUUUGUGGAGAAUGUUAGUCACGGUCAGGUUCAUGAUACUCAUGGAAAAUCCCAUCAUUUUCCAUGGCCAAACCUACCCACCAGCAAGAGCCAUAAAGACCAGUUUGGAAGGAGUAGUGAUGAUGAUGUUAUUGCGUACGACAACCGUGGGAAUAGAAUACUGCCUCAGUCCUUGAUGCAUGGAAAGUAUGUUUCUAAUACACCGUAUGUCAGUUAUAACGAUCCUAUACCUCGUCCUGGUUUGGGUGAAGAAAGGGCUGUCGGAAGUGAUGAGAGACUAAUUUAUCAAGCUGCCCUACAGGAUCUUAACCAACCUAAAGUUGAAGCUAAUUUACCUGACGGUCUUUUGUCUGUCUCUCUUCUACGACAUCAGAAAAUUGCUUUGGCUUGGAUGCUUCAGAAGGAAGCAGCAAGUUUACAUUGUUUGGGAGGAAUUCUGGCUGAUGAUCAGGGCCUUGGCAAGACUAUCUCAAUCAUUGCCCUUGUACAGAUGCAGAGAUCUUUACAGUCGAAAUCUAAAACAGAAGGCGAAUGCAAUCAUAAAGCUGAAGCCUUGAAUUUGGAUGAUGAUGAUGACAACAGCAGCAUUGCUCCGGAUAAAGGCAAGCAACCUGCAGAAUCUGAUGACGUUAAAUCAAUUCCGGAAGUGACUACUUCUAAUUCGGAGUUCCGUAGGCGGAGGCCUGCAGCUGGGACAUUGGUUGUGUGUCCUGCCACUGUUCUUAGACAGUGGUCCAGGGAGCUGAAAGAUAAAGUUUCAGAUGAAGCGGAACUUUCUGUUUUAAUCUAUCAUGGAGGCAAUAGGACAAAGGAUCCUCUUGAAUUAGCCAAGUAUGACGUUGUUCUCACAACAUAUGCUAUCGUGACUAAUGAAGUUCCAAAGCAACCUUUGGUUGAUGAAGAUGAUGAUGAGCAUAAAAAUGGGGAGAAAUAUGGAAUAUCUUCAGAGUUCUCUAAUAAAAAACGGAAAAGUACGGCUAAUGUUAGUAAGAAACGCAAGAAGGGUAAAAAAGGAUUUGAUAUUUCUGCUAUUGAUAGUGCUUGUGGUGCACUUGCAAGAGUUGGUUGGUUUAGGGUGGUACUAGAUGAAGCUCAAACAAUAAAAAAUCACAGAACACAAGUGGCUAGAGCAUGUUGCGGCCUUAGAGCUAAAAGAAGGUGGUGCUUAUCGGGAACACCUAUACAGAAUGCAAUUGAUGAACUGUACAGCUACUUUAGAUUCCUGAAAUAUGAUCCAUAUGCUGCUUAUAAAUCAUUUUGCCAGCAAAUAAAGUUUCCAAUUGCGAGAAACUCAAUUCAUGGUUACAAGAAGCUUCAAGCUGUUCUAAGGGCUAUAAUGUUACGUCGAACGAAAGGUACAUUAAUUGACGGGGAACCUAUAAUUAGCUUACCACCAAAAACAAUACACUUGACUAAGGUGGAUUUCUCUCCAGAAGAGCGGGCUUUCUAUGCAAAGUUGGAAUCUGAUUCACGCUCUCAAUUCAAGGCAUAUGCUGCUGCUGGAACUUUGAAUCAAAACUAUGCAAACAUUCUGUUGAUGCUUCUGCGCCUUCGUCAGGCUUGUGACCACCCGCUGCUUGUCAAAGGAUUCACUUCUGAUCCUGUUGAAAGAGACUCGUUGGAGACAGCAAAGAGACUUCCUAGGGAUAUGCUUGUCAAUUUAUUGAAUGUACUGGAUACUUCCUUGGCCAUAUGUCAGUUAUGCAGUGAUCCACCUGAAGAUGCAGUUAUUACCAUGUGUGGACAUGUCUUUUGCUAUCAGUGCGUAUCCGAAUGUUUGACUGGAGAUGACAAUAUGUGUCCUGCGCAUAAAUGCAAGGAACAAAUUGGUUCCAAUGUUGUAUUUUCCAAGGCUACCUUAAGGAGUUGUAUAUCUGAGGAUCCUGAUAGCAGUGCCCUGGCUUCGUCUGAGUUUCCGGAGAAAUCUAUUGUGUUGAAGAAUGAGUACAGUUCUUCUAAAAUCCGAGCUAUUAUUGAGAUUCUUCAGUCACACAGUAAAUCAAGGAGACCAAAUGCGGAAUCACAUGAUUUGGUGCGAUGCAAUGGUGAUUCUUCGUACUUGGGAAAGGCACACUCAAAGAGUUCUCAUUCAGGUGGCAGCCCUGAAACAAUAGACUCAGAAUCAGAAACUGAAGAUCCAAUUAAAGCUAUUAUUUUCUCUCAGUGGACCAGCAUGCUGGACUUGGUUGAAGUAUCAUUGAAUCAGUACUCUAUAAAAUACAGGAGGCUGGAUGGGACAAUGACUCUGGUUGCAAGAGACAGGGCUGUGAAAGAAUUUAACACGUAUCCUGAGGUAACUGUUAUGCUGAUGUCACUAAAAGCAGGAAACCUUGGUCUAAACAUGGUUGCUGCUUGUCAUGUUAUUCUUCUGGAUCUUUGGUGGAAUCCGACUACAGAAGAUCAGGCCAUUGACCGAGCUCAUAGAAUUGGACAGACUCGUCCUGUUACUGUUUCACGGAUGACUGUUAAAGACACAGUUGAAGAUCGGAUUUUAGCUCUCCAGGAAGAAAAAAGGAAAAUGGUGGCGUCUGCUUUUGGUGAAGAUCCCAGUGGGGGCUCCACAACCCGCUUAACUGUUGAAGAUCUCAAGUACCUAUUUUUUGCGUAAAUUGGAUCCUCCUACUAUUGGAGAUUGGCUAUGGUAAGAACCUUGGGCUUCCCUCUGCUUGUUUUGUCUGGAGACAUAUCCAGGAGAAUUGGCACUCAAUCCUGGUAAUUGGUAUUUUGACUUCACAAUGGCUCUACAAGGACCCAUGGGUGUCUCCAUUUCCUGUGGUAAUGAGUUUUUUGUUGCCACGGAUGGCAUUUUUGUUCCCAUCAGGGGCAGAGACUGUAAGCCAUUACCGCCUGUAAAAUAUUACUUAAUAUUUAUCGAAAUCAAACAUCUUAGUAUUUGCAGUUGAAA